AUGGUAAACCUAUAUCUCUCUCGUAAUCCAUUUCCCCCAUCGACCUCGUGGUUUCUCUUCCGACGAAUUCGUUCCGUCCAUGGCUCUCUUCCAGCAGCUCCCUUCCACUCUCCACCCCGGCGUUCCACAUCUCGCACCUUCAUCUCUCCCCCUCUGGUUCAGUGCUCCGGGGAAGGCAAGGAAUGGCUGCUUUCCGCGAGCCGCCGCUGCCGCUGCCGCAGGCGCGUCGGGUGAAUCUGAGACCACUCCGUGCCGACGUAUUCUUCUGCCACUUCCUCUCUCCGAAACCCUUAGGAGGCACUCGGUGCUGGUCGUCCACCUUGCCGCUUCCGCUGCCUGCCUCAUCGGCUUCUGUGCUCGCCCGUGUGCACUUGCUUCGGUCAUAUUGGCUCCUCCUACUGCCCUCGCCGUGCCUGUGCAUGAAAUGGGGAACCCUGACACGGUCGUAGAAAAUACAACUGAGGAUGAGGAGUUGUUGGCAGCAUUGGAGGCUUGGAAAUCGAAGACAUAUGCUUUGACUGUACCCUUAAAAAUCGUGUCUCUCCGAGGAUCCCUACCGCCUUCAUGGAUUAAGGAUUUCAUUCAAGCCCAAGGAAGGAGAUUGAAACUGAGUAUUGAGUACCGUGGAGGUUUUGAAUCAAUCUUUUCUGAUUUGGCAGCAGUUUCAGAUAAAGGUCAUUUACAGCCAAAGUCGGCUAUGGCAGCUGACAUCAUUGCCAUUGGUGACUCUUGGCUGAAUUUUGCCAUCGCCAAGGAUUUAAUUGUGCCCAUUAAACACAUAGAAGAGCAAGAUUGGUUUAAAACUUUAAGUGACAAGUGGAAGGUUCAUUUAUGCAGGAAUGAUAAAGGGGAGUUGGAUCCUAAUGGUUGUAUAUGGGGAGCACCAUAUCGUUGGGGAACUAUGGUUAUAGCAUACAAGAAAAACAAAUUUAGAAAGCACAAUUUAAAGCCAAUUGAGGAUUGGAGUGAUUUAUGGAGAGAUGAGCUUGCUGGGAAGAUUUCAAUGGUAGAUUCUUCUAGGGAGGUCAUUGGUGCAGUAUUGAAAUAUAUGGGGGCUUCAUACAACACCAAAGACAUUGAAAAACAAGCUUCUGGAGGGAGGAAAGAAGUGCUACGUUGCUUAAGAGUGCUUCAGAGGCAGGUUCGGGUGUUUGACAGUGUUCACUACCUGAAGGCCUUUAGUGUUGGAGAUGUCUGGGUUGCCGUUGGAUGGAGCAGUGAUGUUAUUCCUGUUGCGAAGCGAAUGUCCAACGUCGCGGUGAUUGUUCCAAAGUCGGGUAGUAGUAUCUGGGCAGAUCUGUGGGUUAUACCUUCGGCUACAAGAUUCAAAACCGACCAAAUUGGCGGAAGAGUCAGAGGCCCAUCCCCACUCAUCCAUCAGUGGAUAGAGUUCUGCUUGCAGAUUGCUAGAGCACUGCCAUUCCAUCAGGAAGUCAUCCCAGGAGCUUCUCCCUUCGCCAUUGAACAUUUUCCAGGACCUCGAGAAUCCAUAAAAGGGAGGCCUAAACUUGACACAAAUCUUGUCGAUGGAGCACCAACACCUGAAAUACUAGCCAAAUGCGAGUUUUUAGAACCAUUAUCUGAGAAGGCAAGAGAAGAUUUUGAAUGGUUGAUUUCAAGCAUGGAUAAACCAGGUCGCAGUUGGGUUACUACCAUGCAAAAUUUCAGCUCUGCCUUACAAUUCCUGGAGAAGGAGCUUAAGAACACAGGAAGUCGAGCAGAAGACGCGGCUAGCGAGAAAGAUGACACGGGAAGAGAGUCUAUGAGCUCGGUGCGUUCGAGAGACGAGGUGAUCGCGGAAGAGUACACCGGUGGACGAGAAGAACAUACACGACGUUCGAGGGAUGAGAAAUCGGGAAGGAAGGUUGUUCAAGGAGAAGGUCAGGUGAGCCCUAUUCCGGAUGGUCGAGAUCACCCAAGCUAGCGGAGCCGGAGCAAAAGACCCGAAUCAAGAUGAGUUGAACCAAAGCAAAAGAACCGAACCGUAAAAAGUCAACUGGGUUGACUUAUGUGGUUCGAGCACCUGGAGCUUUUAUUGUGGUCCGAGCGCUCGGAACCAAUAUUUUAUCCACGACGAGGUGGAUGCUGAUCGAUGCGUUAGGGAUAAAGUUUUAUUCCUCGGGCGUCCGGAACCCUUCGAGACGCCCCGAACAGUGUUAUAAAUAUAACACUGAUUUUCACAGUUAGAACAACUUACUUAUAAUCCAUUUAUCAGUGCUUUACUUUUCUUCUGUGUUGUUAACGUUGUAAGAGGUUACUCUGUCCGAAGGAGAUCUUCAUAUAGUGUGUCUUAUUCUCCUUGGAUUAGCAAUCUUCUGAUUGCAAAUCAAGUAACUUCUCUGCGUCUAUUUUCUU